UUUUCUAAGGGUGCACUCGCACUUGCUCUGAGUAGUGUAAAGUGUAAACAAGCCAAGUGACGAGAGGAAGGGGGCGCUUAAUAAAGAAGUGAGAGGGGAGUAGGGCUGACGAUGACCUUUCCCGGACGGCAAAGGGCGGAGACGGAGUCGGUGGCUGCGGCUUGCGGGGAUGCGUUACUGGCGCCGCCUCAGAAGGUCUCGCGGCGGGUGCUGCUCCGGGUGGCAUCGGUGGCGUGCGGCGUGCAGUUCGGAUGGGCGCUCCAGCUUUCGCUUCUCACCCCCUACGUGCAGGAAUUGGGGAUCCCCCACCAGUUCGCAAGUCUCGUGUGGCUCUGCGGCCCUCUCUCCGGCCUCCUGGUGCAGCCCUUCGUCGGCCACAUGAGCGAUCGUUGCGCUAGCUCGCUAGGCCGCCGCCGGCCCUUUAUAAUCGGCGGAGCCUUUUCCAUUGCUUUAUCUGUGCUCUUGAUCGGCUACUCCGCAGAUAUCGGCCGCAUUCUCGGCGAUACUGGCGGAGGGGAGACAAAGUACGGGGCGAUCGCCGUGUAUCUAGUUGGGUUUUGGCUGCUCGACGUGGGGAAUAACACUACACAGGGCCCGUGCAGGGCUCUUCUUGCAGAUCUCACAGGGAAAGAUCAUAGGCGAACUCGUGUAGCUAAUGCUUACUUUUCUCUCUUCAUGGCACUGGGCAACAUACUUGGCUUUGCUACUGGUUCUUUUAGUCAUUGGUAUAGCAUACUUCCCUUCAACGUCACUUCAGCAUGCAGCAUAAGUUGUGCCAACCUCAAAUCUGCUUUUCUUCUCGAUGUUGUUCUUCUUUUGAUCACUACUUGUAUUAGCGUGUCAUCAGCCAAGGAAAUUCCUCUUUCUUCUGCUAACAGAGUUACGACUUCUGUUGGAGAUUCAUUAGUGCAGUCAGAUAAUGGACAUGAGGCUUUUCUAUGGGAGUUAAUUGGCUCUUGCAGGUAUCUUACGCUGCCUAUUUGGAUGGUUCUCAUUGCAACUGCACUUACUUGGAUAGGUUGGUUUCCCUUCACCCUUUUUGAUACUGAUUGGAUGGGUCGGGAGAUUUACAAGGGAAACCCAGAUGAAGGGCAAAUGUAUCAAACUGGAGUGAGAAUGGGGGCUACUGGCCUCAUGUUAAAUUCUAUUGUUCUAGGUUUUACUUCAGUGGUUUUGGAAAAGCUCUGCAGGAAAUUUGGUGCUGGCUUAAUUUGGGGAAUUUCCAACAUUGUCAUGUUCUUUUGUUUUCUUGGAAUCCUUAUAUUAUCUUCUCUGGCAAAGAAUACUGAUUACCCACCAAAUGGACUUCCUCCGGGUGGUUUUGUUAUUGCUUCACUUGUUAUUUUUACAAUCCUCGGGGCACCUUUGGCUGUCACCUACACUAUUCCUUAUGCAAUGAUUUCUGCACGUAUAGAGCCUUUGGGGCUUGGCCAGGGGUUGUCGAUGGGCAUCUUGAAUCUGGCAAUUGUUGUACCUCAGAUGGUUGUGUCUGUGGGAAGUGGGCCUUUGGAUCAGUUAUUUGGAGGCAGCAAUUCACCAGCUUUUGCUGUAGGAGCAAUUGCAGCUUUUGCUAGUGGACUUGUGGCAAUUGUUGGUCUACCUCCUCGAUCCAUCACUACUCGUACCACAACUCUUCGAAGAGUUCAGAGGAAUGUGAACACAUGAUUGGCGUUUCUGUGAUGUAUUGUUCUUCAUUGUCUCAUUUAUAUAGAGAUGGCAAGGCACUUCGUGGAAGCCCUGUUGUAUCUGGAGAUUGUUACAUAUCAUUCAAGAACAUCGAAGUUGCUGUUGGUGAUUUGGUCAAUUUUGGUCAGAUGUGAUGACCUCCAGCCCCAGAUUGUUGUUAAUCUCCCUUAUGCAAUAAGAAGCAUUAUAUGCUAGUAAAUUUUCGUGCAAAUUGCUUGUAUCCAAUAAUUAUUUUCUGGUUCAAAUCAAAAAGGAAUUCCUUUUUAUUCUUUA